GUAACUGCUCCCAUUCCAACACCCCCGUGAUGCCACCAACCCAGGGGCCGUCUGUCUGUCUGUCUGUCUGUCUGUCUGUCUGUCUCAAGUACUCGUAUGCAAAAACGGGAUAUCCGCUCUCCCCUGUAUCAUACAUACCGUGCUGUACUCGAGCACCGCACCUUUCUCUCUUUCCUUCCUUUUUCACUUCAUCCCCUUCCUUCCAUCUCCGCGCACAUCUUUUCGCUGUCGUACCGUUAUGGCACCACCACGCUAAUCAUUGACUCAGCCUGGAGCGGACAGACAGCGCGGGUAAGCAGGCGGCGCACGGAGGAGUUCUUCUGGAGCGUGCAGUUGCAGGAUCUCCAUACCCCCGAUGCAGCUUCCGCAUUAACCUGCUGGUACUACGUGCUCCGCUUUUGUAGGACCCCCCCCAGCUGAUUGGCCGGCUCAGCCAAUCGCUCCAGCAUGGCGAGUACGGUGGUAAUUUUACGGGCCCGUUGGAUCCGUACCAGUAGGACACAGCCCACGGACUGCUACCGUAUUUAAGCCUUUCCUUCCCUCCCUCCCUCCAUGCACCCUUCUUCGGGACCCUGACCAACUUUUGCCUUUCGUUUGUCGAUACCGACCUCCCCAUUCCCCUCUUCCCUCCAUCUAUUCCGGUGCUGCGCCUUCUCCGGAAUUGUAUCGCUUGAGCUGCUGACUGGUAUUGUUAACUUCCUGUUUUGUUUUCCUUCUUGCUGCUGUUGUUGCUCUCGCGACACUUUUUCCUUUUUCCCUCACUCUCUUUAGGCUUCGACAGGGCUGCCGACGGGGGUGCUUCUCUUUGCCCCAACUCUCAGGAUUCCCUGCUGACUCCGCUUUUCAGCCCCAGUCUCGCAUCAGGUCUCAGUUUCUUGAAAGUGCUCCUAAAAGAUUCAGGGGAGAAGGAGGAAAAGGUUUCCCUCCCUUGUACCGAGUCUCUAUCAAACGCUUCCCUACAAUAAAUAGCGGACCAGAAAGUGCCUUGAAAUCUUGGUGCCCGAACCUCCUCUUUCACACCAUUUACUUGUACAAUUAUUUUACCCGUACAUCAUCAUAAACAAUUAUCCAUCUCCACUGCCUUUUAUCUCCUUCAGUUACCUUGUCCGGAUCAAAAUGUCCCCCACAUUACCGGCAUUACCCGCAGUGGUUACUGGUGCGGCGAUUCUCCUGUCACUAUUCCCCCUGGCGACGGCGGCUGGAUGCGAGUGUGGAUACAUGCUCAAGCAAACCAGCACAUUCUUCACUCACAAGAUGCACACUGAUUUCUCCGAAAUCCCGGACACGACUGAUGUGAACGCCGCGCUUCCGGACUGGCAGGUCCAGGCAUGGGCGUUCGAUACGGACUCGAGCACCGGUGUGAUGGCCAGGAAGAAUGAAGCGGAGAAUGUGUGGAUUAAGGGCGGGAAGUUGCACCUGCGGCAGAAGGGGCACAAGAAGGACGACCGCGCCCCUGUUAGCGUUGCGGAGGUACAUAGCAAACGGACGGACUUCCAUCAUGGGAGUUUCAGGGCAAAGUACAAGGUCACCGUGGAUAAGAAAGCGGACGGGGGAACUGUUGCCGGCUUCUUUUUCUAUUACGUAUGUUUUUCUUUGUCUACCGAUGCUUCAUUAUGAGCUGGUUGUGAUUCUAGCGGGAUGUGGGAGCUGUGCUAAUUGACUUGACCCAGGACGAUGAGGACGAGACAGAUAUAGAGAUCUUGACCAAAGAUGGCGACAAGACCAUCCGCUACACUCAGCACCCUGGUAUGAAGCCCCAUUUUGGUCCCCGGCCUUGCAAUUGGUUUCCCCAAGCUGAAUGCGUUAAACACACAAGCGUACGACAAUGUCACCGACAGCACCAUCCCAGACACAACCUUCCAGAUGCAGGUCAAGAAGCCGUGGUCAACCAUGCAAGAGCACCGCUUCGACUGGACACCAGCCAAAACGACGUUCUUCCAGGAUAAUUCUGCAGUGAAGGAAAUGACCAAGAACGUUCCCAAGCAUGUUUGUACCCGCUCCAUCUCGUCUCACAUAAUCUCUACCCCCCACUACUACCAAUUGAUUGAUUCUAACAAUCCUCCUCCCCCGUUCAGGAAGGCAAAGUCAUGAUCAACCUCUGGGCCAACAACGGCACUUGGAGCGGGUACUAAUUCCCUCUCCUCAUUCCACCAAACAUAACAGAAGCAGCGGACUGACAAAACAACUGCACCAUAGCCUCCCAUCAACCAAAGACGUAAAAAUGGAAAUGGAGUAUAUAAUGAUAUACUUCAACACCAGCGCAUCCCAAUCCGGCAAUGACACUGGCUUCAACUCAGCUUGCGAAGCGGCCGGUGGGCCAGAGAACAAUACCAUCUGCUGGGUCAACGACAAAUCUGGCACUGACAGUGAAGACUCGAAAGUCACGUUUUCCGCUUCUUCUUCUUCUCCCGCCUACAUCUUGCAGAGUCUGGUUCUUGUUGCGGGAGCAGGACUGGCGGUGUUGUUUCUGGUUUGGGCGUGAUGCAAUAAUAUAACUCCUUUUUGGACUCCCCCCCCCUUUUUUUUUCAGCUUCAUCCUUAUCCCCCACUCAUAUAUUAGACGGACGGCCUUGAUUACUGGGUAAAAAACAGAGAGAAUACGGGGAGUAAGGGUUCUUUUUUUCUCUUUCCAGUUCUAUGUAUUUUAACUUGAUAAUGUUCUUACGAGCUUCUUGAGGAAAUAUGUUUUCAUUCGCUUUCCGCACGAUGUGACUUGACCUUAACCGAAGCGCGAUUUCUCCGAUCCCAGAGAAAGGUCCAGCCAGUAUGGGGAUGCCGGUAGUGCUUUCUGAGGUGCCUUUUUAGCUUAACUAUUCGCGCAUUUUGGGAAACGACUAUCCUAGUUUCCCUGAUGAUGCUAUCAUACAGGCAUUAUUGACUUAUUCCAUCCACCCUACCAAACCACUACCCUACGCCACAACCGUACCCCUCACUUGGCUAAGAACAAGUCUUCCCCACGACCCGUUACACCAAGAACUACGAUCGAAAG